AUGUCGUCCACCGCCCACCGCCGCCUGCUCCAGGAGUACCGGUCCCUGACCAAUGGCCCUCCUGAAGGCAUCACCGCCGGCCCCGUCUCCGAGGACGACAUGCUGCUCUGGGAGGCCGUCAUCCAAGGGCCCGAGGGAACGCCCUUUGAGGGCGGCGUCUACCCGGCCGAGCUCAAGUUUCCCAAGGACUACCCGCUCGUCCCGCCCACCAUGCGCUUUGUCGGCUGCGAAGUGUGGCAUCCAAAUGGUACGACCCCUCUCCCCCCCCUUCACAACUACCUUCAACUACCUCCGAGGGAGUGGUUCCUCUCUGCUGACGCACACCUUUUCUCACCCUUUCCCCCAGUCUAUCCCUCCGGUCUUGUGUGUAUUUCCAUUCUGCACCCGCCCGGCGACGACCCCAACCACUACGAGCAAGCCUCCGAGCGCUGGUCGCCCGUCCAGAGCGUCGAGAAGAUUCUGAUUAGCGUUAUGAGCAUGCUGGCCGAACCCAACGACGAGAGCCCUGCCAACGUCGAGGCCGCCAAGAUGUGGCGCGAGCGGCGGGAGGAAUACAAUGCAAAGGUGCGGGCGAACGUGCUGUCGAUGCUGGGGCUAUGA